UCAUACCCGGACCAACUAUUACCUCCUAAACUUCCAAGACGUUAACUACCCUGUCGUCUCCGUGCCUUCAUUUGUUACUCCAACCUUAUCCACUAACUCCCAAAUAAAAUAAAAUAAAAUAUAUAAGAAUUUUUAUUUCAAACUCAAAAAUUUAAAAAAAAAAUCAAGAAAUUUAUUUUGUGCUGUGUGGUGUCAAGUGUUAUGUGCUGUUGAUUAAUUCAAUUAAAUAUAGAAAUGCCACGAGCUUUCUUGAUCACUCACAGGAGGUAUAACGGACCAGAGGAGUUUGAGGAGAAUAUCAGAGGUUUUAGUCCUGAACGUGGUGUGAGAAUCCCAGAGUACAAUUCCAAUCAACCAACGUCGGACGGUGUGAGCGAUUGCGCCAGUGAGACGUCAUCAGAAUGUCCCGAGGAGCUCUACAAUUUGACAAAAUUGGCAGAAGUGAGUUUGGCAGCGGCUGCUGGUACCUUAAUUCAUCCAAGCAGCGUUAUUCACCAUCGUUCAGCAUCACCACGUUGGACGGGUGACAUGAAGGAUUUAGAAAAAUACAGGGACAUCUCUAAGGAAACAGCGAGCCUACGUCAGGGAAUUCACAUUAGUGAGGCCUCCGAUUUGAGCCUCAGAGAACGAACGCGAUUAUUUUUCGAGAGAAUUGAGAGCGAGAGAGAGUUAUUGGAAGCUAGAAGUCGACGAACUUGUUUGAGAUCCCCACAGUUGUCCGAAGAAUCGAGGAGAUUAUUGCACAGUCAAUCCCAGAAUCCACCAGUUCGUAGAAUCUCUUCGGUACAAUCGGACUCAUCUAAAACCGAUGACACUGAGGAUCAUGAAUGUCCUGAUUGUGGAAAGAAAUAUUCAACCUCGUCGAACCUUGCGAGGCAUAGACAGACGCAUCGCUCUUUAGGAGACAAAAAGGCGAGAAGGUGUCCCCAUUGUGACAAAGUUUAUGUCAGUAUGCCUGCGUACAGUAUGCACGUGAGGACUCACAAUCAGGGAUGCAAGUGUCAUUACUGUGGUAAAUGCUUCUCGAGGCCCUGGCUGCUGCAGGGACACAUUAGAACACACACAGGUGAGAAGCCCUUCAAAUGCACAAUCUGUAACAAAGCCUUUGCCGACAAAUCAAAUCUCCGUGCGCACGUUCAAACGCACUCCAACACGAAGCCCCACGUUUGUGGAAGAUGUGGAAAAGCUUUUGCCCUGAAGUCCUACCUCUACAAACACGAGGAAUCGUCCUGCAUGCGAUCCCACCGCUCAAUUUCGGAGACCAAAGAAGAGGCAAAAAUAGUCACACCGACAGCACCAACAUCAUCACCAAUCAGUGUUAUUGUCCCCCGACCAGCAGUAAUCGAGACUUCUUCAUCACCCGUGAUAUUUUCGAACAUAAUUCGACACACGAAAACGAGCCAACCGAUCACAAUACCAUCGCCUCAACCUAAACGACAGUAUCGGGAGAUUCAGGAAGAUAAACAAUCGGAUCUCAUGACGCGAAUGGUUAUCAGAACGUCAGUGAUAUCAUCGAAUCCAGAGCAUGUGCCUGGACGUCUGCCGGUUGGUAAAUCAUCGGCUCUAGAUUUUUCUGAUCCAACGAGGGCUUCAGCAUUCACGAGACCCACUGGAAUUAGCCUCAAUCUUGCUGUUGCUUAGGAAAUAUCUGGAGGGAAAAAUUCUCAAUUCAAUUUCAAGCCCAGGAAGUGAAUAAUUGUUUUUUUUCUUCUUCAUUAAUUGAAGGGAAUUUGGAUGCUCCUGUGCUGCAGAUUCCAAGCAUCCUCCAUAGGGACCAUGUAGAUAAGAUAAUCAGAAUUAACUGUGAAUUCAUGUGCCUUAAUAGUCCACUUGGGAAAAAUUUGUACAUAAAUUCCUCGUGUGUACUUAAAUACUAAGUUCGUACUUAAUAAUCUAAUAAAUAGUAAAGUUCGUGCCCUUCGGUGGCAGCUGAUAAUUAUAGGUUCAAUGGUUUCUCUUUUUUGUUCUUCAUGAACGGAAGGGUUUUUUUUAAAAUUCGUUUUGUUUUUAAUUUUUUUGUUUUUCCUUAUGUAUUAUUGUUGAAUGAAAUAAUUUCGACAAUGUUACCGAGUGUUUAAACUAGUCGAUCCACGUACCAAUCACUGCCAAGACAUCUCUCGUUGGUCGGUGUAAAUUUAUCAUGAUCUAUGUUUGAUUUUAUUGACUGGCUCUCAGUUACCCGAGAGUUGAGUUUGGAGAAACAGUGCGGCACGUUGGUAAUUUCUUAGUAAUUUAGCGAUAGGGGAAUACAGGGAUUGGAGAGCCGAAGAAGUAACAGCUAACUGAAAAUAAACCAUUGUUAAUAAGUUGGAGGCUAUUCCUAGUCAUUAUUAAUUGUAAAUAGCAUUCCCAAAAAUGUAGAAUAGAUUUUUUAGCACUUCAAACCCACUGUAGAUAUUGUAUAUAAGUCAUCAUGAUUAAAGGAAUAAUGUUUCGUAA